AUUGGCUAUCGCCUAGUUUAACAUAGUACUUUACGAAAUUUUCAGUCCGUUCUACAUAUUAGUAUCGAACAGUCCCCACUUGAAUUAGCAAAAGUUGUGGUACCUUAUCAAAGUGAUAGAGAAUACCCACUAUUGACAAUCGGUCUGCAGUACUUUCUUGAAUUUCUUCGCGGUUUUAACAUUCUCAUUAACAAGGCCUUGAAGGACCAUGGCAAUAAUACUUUUUUUUCGUAUUCGGUAUUAGUAACGCGGAAUAACUUUUCAUCCAGAAAGAUUUAAUUUAAUUUUUUUUUGUGAAAAUAAUUUGUUUGAGGAUUUGAAUUUCAUAGUGCGACAGUGGCACUUUUAUGUGAAGUGACUCUUUUGGAAUUUUAUUGAUUUAUGGAUUUUUAAUGUACCAAAGAUACGUGUGAGGUUACGCCCUUGAAGGAUAGGAUACUAUGGGGCUUUACAAACAGUACUUUAGGCUAACAAGAUAUGCAAAAAACAAUUUCUUAGGUGUUAAUCCGCAAAAACUCGGGCAGGAUGGAGUUCCACUUCAGAUGCUCGUAUCACAAAAUUUUAGUCACAGUCGCCUCGCCGUUAUAUUAAUAGGAUUAUUUACGUUAGCGAUGGGAGUAAUUUUAUCAUCGAUACCAUGGGUAGACUAUAUAAUUUUAAAGAACUUACGAUUAUCUGAUGGUUCUUUAAGUUUUCACUACUGGCAAAAACCAGGCGUGAUAAGACUAACCAAAGUGUAUAUAUUUAAUGUUACUAACUCGGAAAAAUUUCUUGCCAAUGGAGAGAAGCCGAAACUACAAGAAGUAGGACCUUUUGUCUAUAGAGAAGACAUGGAAAAAAUAAAUAUACAAUUUCACGAUAACGGAACUGUGUCUUUUCAACAUAAAAAAAUAUUACAGUUUGUCCCAGAGAUGUCAGUAAACAAAAACGAAAAAAUCAUCGUCCCGAACAUUCCAUUAUUGACAUUAGCUGCACAAUCGAACAAUUUAGGUUAUUUUAUUCAGAAGAGUAUAUCGGUGAUGCUUAGCAUGGGUAGUUUCCAGCCUUUUGUCAGUAUUACAGCAGACGAACUAGUAUUUGGAUACGAAGAUAAAUUGGUGUCACUUGCCCAUCAAUUUUACCCAAAAUAUAAGAGACCGGCCGAAAAAAUGGGUCUACUCAUCAAACGUAACGGAACUCUACCGGAGGUUCAUAACAUUUAUACAGGGGUGAGUGGAAUGCAUGAAUUCGGACUUAUAAAUAAACUCAAUGGUAAAGACACUCUUCCGUAUUGGCCAGAAGCUCCGUGUAAUAAAUUAAAAUCCAGUGAAGGAUCUUUUUUCCCUCCUAGAUAUUUUACUAAUGAAGAUUUCGUUUAUAUAUAUGACAAAGACGUGUGCAGAAUAUUUCCUUUGCAAUACAGAGAAUCCAUAUCUAAACAUGGUAUUUCUGCCGAUUUAUACACUCCGCCAGACGAUGUGUUCGAAACAGUCGAUAAAAAUCCGGAUAACAAGUGUUUUUGUCCCGGAAAUGAAUUUUGCCCACCCAAAGGAUUACAAAAUAUUAGUCCUUGUCAGUUUGAUUCGCCAGUUUACAUUUCUUUUCCACACUUUUUGGAUGCUGAUCCGAGUCUAUCUGAACGAUUCGAAGGACUACAACCUAACAGAGAUAAACACCAGUCGUAUUUCAAAAUACAAACAAAACUUGGCGUGCCUCUGGAGGGUCAAAUCAGGGUACAGUUAAAUUUGAAAGUAGAUAAAGCACCAUAUAUUACCAUAGUCAAAGAUUUUCCCAGUAUUAUUUUUCCAAUAAUGUGGAUCGAAGAGGGUAUGGAUGAUUUAACCCCAUCUAUUAGGAGAUGGAUAUAUCUAGCGACAACUUUUGCCGAUAUAGCUUGUCCCGUCAUGACGUACGGAUGCAUAUUUAUAGGAACCUGUAUUAUACUCGGUGUCUUCGUCAAUGCUUACAAAUCUUUGGUAUUCACCAAGGAAACUAUUGAAAUAGGUAUGAAAAAAUUGCAUAGACGUAGCAGUGCAUAUCUGUACAGUUCCUCCAAUAGAUUCAUACACAGAAGAGACACAUACACAUUGCUAAAUUUAAAUGAAGACGGGAAUGAAGUAGAAGUCUGAUCAUAACGAACAACUCAACAAAUUCUUGUAUAUUUUAUUUCUUUAAUAAUUUUGUUGACUUGUCAUAAGCUUCAUGUUCGGUUUUUAUGUUCAAUGGUGAUUCAAUUAAUGAAAAUAUCGAAUUGAAAUGUGGUAGAUAAAAAUAUCGGGUGAAGUAGUUUUGAGGAUCAUAUCUUUAAUGUAAGUGUAGGAAUAACAAGGAUAGAUUUAUUUCAAUUUGGAGAUAGUUAUUUUCGUUUUAUAUUUGUUAGGAAAAAUAUAAAAGAAAACAAAUAUCGAGGAAGAUCUACUUAAAAAAGAAAUUUGAUCUGAGAUCAUUCAAUAAAUUGUUUUAUAAAAAUUUCAUGAAUAAUUAAAUAAUUCAUAAUGUAGAUUAGGUGUUAAUAUUAAUAGAAUAACAUUUUCAAAAUGUUGGUUAAUUAAUAUUUAUAUUGUUGUUAGAAUAAACAACACUUAGAAUAAGUUCAAAGUUCUAUAAUAAUAAUAAAGAAGACAACAGGAACUUUUUUAUUUUCUACGCAUUAUUUUUUAAAACCUUCAUUUGCCAUUGAACAUAUUUUUAAUUAAAACUAUAUAAUUAAAUAUCUCUUGCGGGUCAAGAUAUUUACUUUGAACUAUGAAAGAAAAAUCCCUUGCUCUCUGGUGUAAAGUUUCAUGCAAAUUCAUGUUUUUAUUUUGGAUUCGCCGUGUAUUUGUUGUAGUCAAAGAUUUGUCUUUGUAUAUUAUUUGUAAUUUUUUUUUGUUCACAUUGUGAAUAUCUUUAACAAGGAUAUUUGUUUAAAUGAAGCAACAUAUUAUCAACUAUUGCUCAAUGUUGUAAAUAGAAAUGUGAUAAAAGAGGUGCAACUCUUGCAUUUUAUACAUUCUAAUAGGAAAUAAAAUAUAAAUAUUUAUAUUUUUACAAAA